ACAGAGUAAGAUAUACCUUUAAAAAUCAAAAUCUGUUUGUGUUUUUGGAAUUGAGAAGUUAAGUCGACAGGCCUGUUGAAGUAAAUAGAUUAAUUAAAAGGUCCGCAUCCGGGUAGACAUAAACUUAGACUUAAUCUUUGAAACUAGUAUUUACGGUGUAAAUAAAUCAAUAAAUUGGGUGGCGCAACAGUCCGUUUGAAAACUAGGGCCUAGUGACUUACAACUUCCAAACAUUCCUGUGUGUUAGUAAUGUUGUCAGGAAUGGAGGUUGUAAAAACACUCGUUGGAGAUACUUUGUUUUCAUAAAAAUGGUAAAUUAUUUGUUUAUGGUCUUAACUGCCUGUUGCUACAAAAAUAAAGUUUUUUAGCAAACCUUUAACUUCUAGUUUUUUUUUAAGUUUGACCCGUGUUCAUUCUGUUUAAAAGUUUUAAAUAUAAAGGGUGUCCCAAAAUUAACGCAAGAUUUGAAUUUGCCGCCAUUUGUGCAGUGAAGUGUUGGCAACCCUGAAAAAAAGCAAUUUGACAGCUAACAGUAUAGGGUUAUUAAAAAUGGAGCGUUACACGAUAGAACAACGUGUCUUCUUUAUUAAAGAAUAUUUCAAAAAUAGUGAAAGCUUGGCGGCUGCAGUUCGAAAAUUUCAUACAAAAUAUGGUCGGAAUAGUGUUUUAACUUCGUCAACUGUGCAGAGAUUAAUUGGAAAAUUCAUGGAGACUGGAUCCGUUGGAGACGCCAAACACACUGGUCGUCCAAAAACAAGCCGUUCAAAUGUGAAUGUCGAAGCAGUGCGUGAGAGUGUUGCUGACAAUCCAGGAACCUCAAUUCGACGUCGUGGACAAGAAUUGCAAAUUUCAAGAACCUCCCUACAGCGUAUACUCACCAAAGAUCUGUGUCUUCAUGCUUACAAAAUUCAAUUAACACAACAAUUGAAGCCUAAUGACCAUGGACAGAGAAGAGAGUUCGUUGAAUGGAUUAUUGAACAUCAACAAAUGGACCCUGAUUUUUCGAGCAAAAUCAUCCUAAGCGAUGAAGCACAUUUUCAUCUUGAUGGCUUUGUCAAUCGCCAACAUUGCCGCAUUUGGGGUUCGGAGAACCUACAUGUGAUUGUCGAAAAACAAAUGCAUCAACAACGCGUGACUGUAUGGUGUGGAUUUUGGGCUGGAGGCAUAAUUGGGCCAUAUUUUUUUGAAAAUGAUGCUGGUCAAGCAGUGACUGUUACUGGUGCUCGAUAUCGCGACAUGAUUACACAGUUCUUUCUGCCAAAAUUGGAUGAUAUUGAUGUGUCCAAUAUGUGGUUUCAACAAGAAGGUGCCACAUGUCAUACAAUCGUGUGA